GGCGGCGCACUGAGGCUACAGUGUGGGGUGUGUUUGAACAAGAGACACAGAAAAGUUAGUAGCGGAUUUUUCUAGCGUCCGACCUGCUGCAGCAUCCGUUGAGAGCAUCAUGGCAAACAAAGCACAGCAGCCUCCUCACCUGCACCUGGCCGAGGUCACCGCAUCCCAGUUCCUUGACAUUUGGAAACAUUUCGACGCUGACGGUAAUGGCUACAUCGAGGGGAAGGAGCUAGAGAACUUCUUCAGGGAGCUGGAGAUGGCCCGGAGAGGAGCAGGGGUGGACCCUUCAAACCCUACAUUCAGAGAAAAGAUGAAGGAGUUCAUGCAGAAGUUUGACAAGAACAAAGAUGGACGAAUUGAGAUGUCAGAGCUGGCCCAGAUUCUUCCAACUGAAGAGAACUUCUUGCUGUGCUUCAGACAGUUUGUCAGCUCCAGUGCUGAGUUUAUGGCGGCAUGGCGGCGAUAUGAUACAGAUCGCAGUGGCUACAUUGAAGCAAAUGAAUUGAAGGGCUUUCUGUCAGACCUGCUGGAGAAGGCUAACAGACACUAUGAUGACCAGAAGCUGCAGGAGUACACACAGACCAUACUCAGGAUGUUUGAUCUGAAUGGAGAUGGGAAAUUGGGCCUGUCAGAGAUGGCUAGGCUUCUCCCUGUUCAGGAGAAUUUCUUACUCAAAUUCCAGGGUGUCAAGUUGACCACUGAGCAGUUCAAUGCCAUCUUCACAUACUAUGACAAGGAUGGCAAUGGCUACAUUGAUGAGCAGGAGUUGGAUGCCCUGCUACGAGACCUUUACCAGACAAACAAGAAGGAGGUGGACUUGAAGAACCUGUCGGAAUACAAGCAGAGCAUCAUGAGCCUGUCUGAUGGAGGCAAACUCUACCGUGGCGAGCUGGAAAUUGUCCUCUGCAGGGAGCCAAUUGUGUGACUCUUUCUCUUUGUUUGCUGCAUAUCAUAAUUUUCUCUGCCUGCCCCCCCCCUGCUCUCCCAAGACCACACCCAAUUCCAGCUGCCUUGCAGCGUAUACCAGGUGCAUGUGCCGGACACCCCCAUCUCCCCCAACCUGCCCUAAAGUUACAAUUUCAGAAUGAAAGAUAAGCGCACUGUCCGCACGCAACAGCUCUUCUUCCUUAAACUUCUAAACCCCUUUCCUUAUUUUCAACCUGACCUCUCAACCCUAACCACGACCUGUCUGAAACCUCUAGCUUUUCACCUUCUCAACUCUCCCCCAUGUCCUUUACCAUGCUGCCCAUACUGUGCCUGACUUGCAACACCUGACCAAAAGCCCAAACCCCCAUUCCACAGAACUGACCUUUUGACCAAUGAACCUUGACCCCAGCUUCACCGACCCCUUCAUUCCCUUGCUCUGUCAACUUUGCAUUAGAAACAAUAUAUAGUCAAACAAAACUGCAGACAGCUGUAUUUGAAGUGAAUCUAAUUUAUAGUCUGUGAUGGAACUGAUAUUGAUUUUUCCACUUCUAUUUGUCCUGAAGCCCUCUUGUUCCAUUUAAACUCUUCCGUACCAUUCCCAUGGUAUGAUUCUCAUUUUCAAUGUUUUUGGCUGAUACUGUCAAUUAAAAAUAUUAAUAAAAUGUCUUAAGAUAAAAUCA